CCUAAAAUGUCGUCGCUCUCGGAUUUCCGUGCAUUAUGGUUUUAAUUUUACCAAUCUAAGUUGUUUUUUAAAAGAGAUAUACGUAGUCAUUGCCCACCAAAAUAAGAACUAUCAACCCAAAGAGGCCUUCACUUUCAAAGAUGGAUAAGAUUCUUCUAGGAAUUGCUGCCUCAACUCAUCCUGAAGGGGUCAAGAGAGCGAUUAUAGAAAGAGUCGUCAAUUCAGCAAAUAAAGCUCCUCCAGAAGAACUAGUGACUGCCCUCCUUGAUAUCUCAUCUCAUUGGAUAACAGAAGAUGAGUCCACUUUCUUGCAAGACAUGGGUCGUCAGCUGUUUCAUGCUUGGGCUAAACACAAUCAAACCAUCUUUGAAGAAUUCUUCAACCGCAGAUUUCUUGUUGGAAUCCUCAGCUCUGAGACUCCGCAUCCGAGUCGAACAGUUCGAUUCAUCCAUGAAGGAAUGAAGAUGCUUCAAAACAGGGCAACGGCCUCUAAGAUAGUACAGAUGCAAGUUGUGACGCUACUUAAGAAACACACUGAUCUUGCCACGGUAGUUGAAGUCAGUCAUCUUCUCUUGGCGUUUCCGGAAUGUCUACCUAAAGCUACUGCUGUCGUACUACUUUGCAUCGCCGUCAUCGAAAACAUUGGUGCCAUGCAAGUCGCUCCUACUGAAGCUAUCAUGAAACACAACUUGGAGGGGGUCAUUCAUGUUGGUGGUCUGUUACAUCAUGUCUGGCAUGAGAAUAUAACGACUGUUAUCCCAUCACUUGCAGCCGUCUUUAACAUUAUCUCAACCUUACCUUCAGGAGAAAUUCAUCCUCCAUCAGUCGCCCUUGGUGCACUCGUACAGCAUGUUCCCGUUGAACUUAUCGCUAUGGUAACCAAGAAUGCAGCUUCUGAUAUGUCCAUCGUGGAUGAGAGAAUGACCACUGCGCUGACCAGAAUGAUCGAGUGGCUGUCAUGGCCAAGAGUUCAGAACAUCGACAAAUGGAUCAUUUCAUUUUUAAAGAAUCUAGCCCUGGCACAGAAGUUCAGCAUUCUGAUUAAUGUGACUGUUGCCUGUGUCAACAAGGUGUUUGUGAGGUUAUGUUUCCCAGUCAUCAGGGAAAGUGCCUUGCCAGUUCUGACGCACAUGCUGCUUAGCUUCCAGCAUUCACCGGAAGCUUUCCACAAGAUUGUUGCUCAUGUACCCGAGUUAAUGAAGCGCUUGAAGGCAGAAAAGUCACCGUCCAGUCAAGAAUGUAAUCAGAAGAUUGCCGAGUUGGUCUACUGUCUGAUGUAUCAACAUGCGGGCUAUCCUGAUCUUUAUGAACAAGUCUUAGACGCUCUCAAGGACAUUCCUCGACCUACAGAGGAAGCCAUGAAAGAGACUCUAAAGCUAAGUGCUUGGACCUCUGGAGCAUCUGCAGACUCUACUUUGUCAACACGGUUCCUUCCUCGGUCGGAAACGGGCAAGACUGGAUUGGUCAACUUGGGAAAUACAUGCUAUAUGAAUAGUGUUCUACAAGCUCUAUUCAUGACUAGUGGAUUUCAUGAAGACAUAAUGGCAUGUCCUAUAUACAGUCCUCAAUGUGUGCUUGCUCGAUUGCAGAGUACUUUUGCAUUCUUAGCCCACACACAGAGAGCUGCCUAUUCUCCUAAAGAGUUUCUUGUUGCUUCACGGCCUCCUUGGUUCACCACAGGCACACAACAAGAUUGCUCCGAGUUUCUGAAGUACCUCCUUGACAGGAUCGAACAAGAGGAAAAAUCCAUCCGGAAAUUUGAGGCAGAUGUGCAGCGAACCAGAGAGAAGGUUGACCGAAUGAGGAGAAAGACUGCAAACAAAAAGGAACUGGAGGAGGAGAAAAUGACGACAGAGGAAGGAGACGAUGGGACGGGGAAGAAGAUUCCAGAGUCAGGAAAACCGGAGAAGAGAAAACCAGAUGCAGACUCCUCAUCAGUUCCUACCCAGUUAAGAAAUGAGGACGUUAAUAUGGAGGAUAGAGGACAUGAUGGACAAGAAGAUGGUGCGAGUGAAGAAAUGAAAGAAGUAGGUCAAACUCAAGAGGUCGAUUGCAGAGGUACAGCAAUGGAAUCAGCAGAAGGCAAAACUGAAAGUGAUGAAUCCUUUAUAUCACUGGAUCCGUGUAAUUUGUCCGAUCAUGGGAAUCCGGUUUGCUCUCCGAAAGAGGACAUUCAUCCUCCAGAAUCUCAAUCCACAGCAGACAUCAUGGAAGACUUGAGACAUGCUAAAGCUUCUGUAGAUACUAAGGCAAAGCUGCCCGAUGCCGAAGCCAAGAAAACAGUACCUGAACCAAACACAGGGCCAUCCAUUGUUGAGAACUAUUUUGCAGGAAAAUCAGUCACUCGCAUCUGCUGCUUAACCUGUAAUAGUGUAUCGAGUAGAACGGAAGCAUUCUUCGAUAUCCCUCUUGCCUUUCCCGGAUCGGAUACAACGAGCAGCAUGCGGGGAGGCGAGAGCUGUCUCAACAAAGACGAAGGGAACAAGUCGCUUGCGCUGGCUGCCGACAGGUUAGCUCAGGAAGAGAUUGCCUCAGGGAGUAAACAGUGGGAGUUAAACGGUGGGGCUGCUGCUUCUACAUCGGCCGUUAAAGACAUAUUGUCAGGACCAGGGCAAAGUGGAGAGGGUAUUGAAUCCUCUGGAACAUCUCCGAGUACUCUCGAGGAACUCCUGGUUCAUUAUCUAACUCCAGAACUCUUAACCGGAGAUAAUCAGUACCACUGUGAGAAAUGCAAAUGUCUCAGGGAUGCGGAGAAGCGCAUUGAGAUCUCCAAGGCUCCUAAAGUACUUGUGUUGACUCUAAUGAGAUUCUCAUACGAUGUCAAGACACAGAGACGUUGCAAGAUUUUGGCGGAUGUCAAGUUUCCCAAAGUCUUGAACUUGGUGUUGAGUCAUCGAAGCAAAGAUGCAAAUGAAGAUGAAGAUAUGGACGGGGAAGUAUUGACAGGAAUGGAUGUAGGCGACCUGAGCCACGAUGCUCCUUGCUCAAAGAGAUUGCGGCAGAAUAGUGAGAGCAUCAGUACACCUUGUGAAGGGGACGAGGAUAGAUUUCAAUUUGCCUUGUGUGGUGUCGUUGUACACUCUGGUGUCUCAUCAGAAAGUGGGCAUUAUUACUGCUAUGCAAGGAAUUCAAGUUUCUUCGACGAUCCCAAACUGAAAUCUAAGCAAGCUUCCCAGCAAGAGCCCGAAGCUGGCGAUGGUAAACUACAGAACCAGGGCAAAGAACCUGAAGAACUUGACCUCCUGCCGGAUCAGUGGUAUCUAUUUAACGAUAGUCGGGUCUCAUUCUCAUCUUACGACUCCUUUGGUAAUGUGACUAAGCGCUUUCCCAAAGACACUGCGUACGUUCUUUUUUACAGACAAGUGCCUGAAUCUGCUAAGCAGUUGGGGUACCAGACUGUAGCCGGAAUGCCAGCAGUUGAGACACGGGACAAACCCUUGAGAAAGGAUCUUCAAGAAGCUGUUAGUAAGGACAACGCUCUCUAUCUGAAGGAGCGUGAGCUGGAGGCCCGCACGAUAGCUCUAAGAACAUCUCAAGGUGUGGAAAACUAUUCGUCAAAUAAUCGCAACUUUGACGACAGAAAUGAUCCACCGAGUGGCUGUGGUGGAGGAGGUGGGGGAAUGGAACAACCAAGAUUGGUCUUCUAGCCCACUCCAGGAAGGUUCAUUUCACAAAAUAAAAUCUUUACAUAGACGUUGUUCUAGUAUUAAAAUGGAUCCAACAACAAAUCAAAGAAAUGUUCAUAGGUUGGUUCUUUAGUCCCAACUCCCUCCAGUGAGAACUAGGAUCCUUCCUCACUUCUACAAAAUCCAUCAUCAUUCAGUAACUCAAAACCCCAAACUAUUGGACUCCGAUUUGGGUAGUAUACAUAAUCCAAUGCAAAGCACAAUCAGUUUACUAGUGCAGUCAACAGUCCAACACCAUAGUAACUCAACACCCAAAUUGUUGGACCGUGAUUAUGGUGGUAUUCCUGAUCCCAUGUUAAGCAUAAUCAGUUUACUAUUGCAGUCCUCACUAAUAAUUCACACGGCUUAAAACAACAACUUUUUUAUUUUCAAAUCUAACUUAAAUUGCAGCAGUUUUUUUCUUUCUUCCCCAAAACACAUGGAUAUAAACAUUUCUUUAGGUUUCUUGUAGAAAAAGUUUGUUUGUAUCAAAGAGUGCAAUAAGUGGAAUAAUUUUGAAAGUA